AUGGGCAGCAGCUCCUCGUGCCCGGAUGCCUCCGCGGAUCCUGCAGAGUACAGCCAGGAGGAGGAUGUCUUCGUCCAUUUGAGGACGGGCAUCCGUGUGUGGGCCUAUGCGCUGGACCUGCGGGACGGGUCCGAGAGCGCGGUGCUCUACUACUACACGGACUUGAGAACCUUCGAGAUGCUUACAUGCCAACGGGACCAGGGCAUCGAAGUGCUCGCUAGCGCCGGGAAGGAGCUGCCGAAGGGUUUGGGCCACGGCAUCUUGGCCACGCGAUUUUCGCCUGAGCAUUGGGCCAGCCAGGAAGAGGUGCUUCAAAGCUUCUGGCCCGGCGAGGCCGACGGACAGGCCGAGUACUGCGUGCCGAUCAUGUGUGCCGCUGCCAGCGAAAGCCAGUCAAAUGUGUGGGCCAUUACCUUGCACGGAGGAGUGGCUAAGGCUAGACCUGUUGAAGGGAUGGAAGAUGGCCGGCUGGAAGCGGAGAUGCUCUACUUGGAGACUCUCGAGCGGAGCCGGCAGCUGGGCCUGGCGCGGCCGGAGGACUUGGCGCAGAUCCAUCAGCUGGCCACGGAGCUGAAGCGCAAGCAGCGGCUCAAGGCCGCAGAGCGCUUCUUUCGCGAAGCCCUGGAGGGCCGGGAGGAGCUGCUGGGCCCAAGCCACCGAGACACGGUGUCGAGCCUCCAAGCGCUCGCGGAGGUCUUGCAACUCCAGGGAUCCGCUUUGGAGGCGGAGCGCCUCUGGCGCCGGGCCGUACAGCGCCUGGAGCGGAGUUUGGGCAAAGACCACCCGGAGACCUUGAGGGGCCUGCAUGGCCUGGCGGAGGCCUUGUUGGAGCAAGGUAAGCUUUCUGAGAGCAAGGAGUACUUCCAGUCGAGCUACCAGCUGCGGAAGCAGAAGCUGGGCGAUCAUGCGGAGACCCAGCAGAGUUUGGACGGCCUGGAGCGGGCCUGCCGCGCUCUGUUGGAGGAGAAGCGGAAGACGUUGGGGCCGGAGCACCCCGAGACCUGCGCGUACCUCACUAUCCUGGCCCGGCUGCUGCAUGCCUCUGGCACCAAAAGGCAGCUGCAAGAGGCGGAGCUGCUCUACCACGAGGCCUUCGAAGGCGAAAGGGAGAGAUCUGGCUACGACCAUCCCGAGACUCUGACCCACCUCACUUGCUUGGGAAAGGUGCUCCUGGCGCAGGACUGCGUGGCGGAGGCGGGGGAGUGCUUCUCCGCGGCCUUCGCGCGGCGGCGCUUGGGCUUGGGCCUGGACCACCCGGACACGCAAGAGAGCCUUCGGAUGUGGGUACAAGUCCUGCAAGACCUGGGUCGGCACGAGGACGCUGAGCGCCUGCAGGCGCACAUCUGGAGCAGCAGGCCGCCCUCACAGCUGGAGCUCGCGUGGUGGCCGCGACUUGAAGUCGAACAGCUCUUGCCCUUCCAGGCGUGUCAGCGUCGGAAGGAACAAGAUCUCCGGACGCCCGCGGCGGUCUUUUGA